AAAGUGCAAGUCACGUGGCUCGGCUUUCCCCGCUCCUGCCAAGAUGUGCGACUCUUAGCGAUAUUCCAUUUCCUUCACGACGACCUCGACUUUCAGCGCCAGGUAGGCACAUCACGACAACCCGACCCAUCGACAGCAACCGACAAGAUGGUCAACCUCCGUACCCAGAAGCGCCUGGCCGCCAGCGUCGCCGACUGCGGCAAGCGCAAGAUCUGGCUCGACCCAAAUGAGGUCAACGAGAUCUCCAACGCCAACUCCCGCCAGACCAUCCGCAAGCUCAUUGCAGAUGGCCUCAUCAUCCGCAAGCCCGUCACCAUGCACUCGCGUGCCCGCGCCCGAGAGUUGACCGCCGCCCGCCGAAUCGGUCGUCACCGUGGUUUCGGUAAGAGGAAGGGUACCGCCGACGCCAGAAUGCCAACUCAGGUCAUGUGGAUGCGUCGUCUGCGUGUGCUCCGCCGCCUAUUGGUCAAGUACCGUGCUGCCGGCAAGAUCGACAAGCACCUUUACCACGAGCUCUACCACUUGAGCAAGGGUAACACCUUCAAGCACAAGCGUGCCCUUGUUGAGCACAUCCACAAGGCCAAGGCCGAGAAGCUGCGCGAGGAGAAGCUCAAGGCAGAGAUGGACGCCAAGCGUGCGAAGACCAAGGCUGCCCGCGAGCGGAGACAAGAGCGCAUCCAGACGAAGAGAAACGCACUCGAGGGCGAGGACGAACCAGCUGCCGAGUAA